AUGACGGCACCCAAGGACACAGAGCUGGAGCGGGUUGAGCUUGGCUCACUGGCUGGCAAGGUCUCGCUGGACAUUGCCCCCGGCGCAAGUGAAGCAGAGAGAGACUUGUUUCGCACAUUCGCCAGCAGGGAUCCGGAAUGGGUUGCUGCCCAGGACAAGAGGCUCGUUCGAAAGAUUGACACGCGCAUGAUGCCCUGUUUAAUCGUCAUGUACUUGCUCAACUUCCUCGAUCGAUCCAACCUCGCCCAAGCCCGACAGGGCACUCUGGAAAAGGACCUACACAUGCGAGGAACCGACUUCAACCUGGCCACGUCCAUUUUCUUCGUUGGCUAUCUGCUGAUGCAGCUGCCGUCCAACAUCAUCAUCACGCGCGUCCGCCCUUCCAUCUAUUUGGCCUCUGCUAUUGUCCUUUGGGGCGUCGUGUCUACUUGCAACGCCGCGGCUGGCAGCUUUGUCCACCUCAUCGUCAUUCGUUUCUUCCUGGGUUUUGCUGAGGCACCCUUCUUUCCCGGCGCCAUCUUUCUCAUGUCGUCAUGGUAUACCCGCGCCGAGCUGACGCGCAGAGUGGCCUGGCUCUACACCGGCAAUUCACUUGCCAACAUGUUUGGAGGGCUCAUUUCAUUCGGUGUUCUGAGGGACUUGAACGGUGUACAUGGAAUCGCCGGAUGGAGGUGGCUUUUCAUAGUCGAGGGCGUGGCUACGAUUGGCGUUGGCAUCAUGUCCGCGUUUAUCCUGCCAGACUACCCUCAAACAACUCGCUGGCUGAGCGAUGAAGAACGCGCCUUUGCAUCCUGGCGGCUCUUGGCCGACAUCAACGAGAUGGAUGACGGCAAAUCCACGACAGUCUGGCAAGGCUUGAAGCUGGCCCUCAAAGACUACCGGCUUUAUCUUUUUAUUCUUCUAGCACACAUGAGUCUGUUGUCGCAGACGUUUCAAUAUUUCUUUCCGAGCAUCGUGCAAACCCUGGGAUACGACCCUCUGAUUACCCUGUUGCUCACGGUUCCAGCCUGGUUCGCGACGUUCCUCGUCUCCAUCACGGUCAAUUGGACCGCAGCCAAGACCGAGGACAAGUCGAUUCACAUCUUUUGUCUCAUGGUCGUGGCGGCGGCCGGAAACGCCAUUGCCACCGGCACCACAGCGCCCGGUGCCCGGUUCUUCGCCAUGUUCCUGAUGCCAAUGGGCUCCAUCGCUGCGUACACCAUCAUUGUUGGCUGGGUGGCCAACUCUUUCCCGCGGCCGCUGGUCAAGCGGUCGGCGGCCAUUGCCAUUGUCAACAUGAUUGGCAACACGGCCAGUAUUUACGGGAGCUACAUGUACAACAAGGACCAGGGCCCGCAGUACAUUCCGGGCGGGAGUUCCAAUGCAGCGAUAAGCUUCUUGGUCGGCGUGCUCGCAUUGAUCUUGCGCUACUUACACAAGUGGGAGAAUAGGAAGCUGGAGAGGGCGGAGAACGAGGCGGCGGCAAACGGGACUUUGACAGGGCGAGGUCCGGAGGGAUUCAGAUAUAUUUAUUAG